CUCCAGCGGCCGGAGUUCAUCAGUGCGCCCUCGUUGCUUCUCACACACCAGAAUCAGUCCUUCACCGGCCAGUGUCCAUGGCGGCGCCAUCCCUUCCCGGCUUCCCCCAUCGUCUCCUGCGGCAGCGACGCGACAUGGAUUGCCCCAAGACCGAGAGUGGCGAGGUCGCGGUGGCCUGCCCGCCUGACGACUCCCUCGUGGAGGUAUUCUCGCGCCUCCCCGCCAAGCCUCUCUUCCGAUGGAAGUGCGUCUCCAAAGAUUGGUGCGGCCUCAUCGCCGACCGCCUCCGGUGCCGGAAGUUCCCCCAAACCCUAGAAGGCUUUUUCGCCUGCAAUGGAGUUGACAGCUACGUUGGUUUCAUCUGCCCGGAGAGGCCGGUGCCUCUCGUCGACCCUUCCUUCUCAUUCCUGACGAAGUUGCCAGAGAUUAAGAAGAUCGUCCUCUUGGAUUCCUGCAACGGGCUUGUACUCUUUGGGCACAGGAAGGUUUCAGACAAGUAUGACUCGCUGGGCUACAUAGUGUGCAACCCCGCCACUGAGGAGUGGGUGUCCGUGCCCAGCUCCGGCUGUAUGCCAAUUCCAUGGAUUAACAGUGAGCAUGAAGAGAGCCGAGAUGAUAAUCCGGACACCUAUUUGAUUUUUGACCCGGCUAUCUCUCCACACUUUCAGUUGAUCCAGUUUACGUUUAGACAUAUGGUUGUUUUCGAAAAGCAAGAUACGUUUGACUUGCAAAGGGAUCAGGUGCACAGCUUCUCUUCUGUAACUGGGGCAUGGAGGCUUGAACUCGAAGGUAUACCGGGCCUACCACAGGGCAUGAUGGUUGACACAGGUGCCCUUGAGUCGGUAUGCUCCUUCAAAGGCAUGCUGCAUGUGCGUGCCCACCAUCCCCGCCGCCGUUCUGAAAACCUGAAUAUGAUACUUGCAGUUGGUGGGGAAGGGAGGCCAUUUAGGACCCUGCACUGGCCACAAAAUGAUCGUGGUGUUCUUGUUUUUAUUGGUCAAUCCCAAGGGCACCUACAUUGCCUGAGUGGAUGUACGGGAAAUGGUUCCCAGAUGACUGAACUGUCCAUUUGGGUUCUUGAGGACUACAAUGCAGAAAAAUGGGUUCUGAGGGACAAUGUGAGCUUCUCCAAGCUGUUUGGAAGAAUGAGCGGCAGUUUCCACUUAGACUGGGAUGUGGUUGCCAUUCAUCCAGAUCGUAAUUUGGUCAUCUUUGCUGAGUAUUGGAAUUCUAAGCUGAUAUCAUAUGACAUGGAUGAGAAGAAAGUGCAUGCUCUCUGCAGUCUACAUGGCUAUCCUCGGUAUAUUAUUCCAUAUGUUCCUUAUUUCGCAGAGUCAGCGGCGCUCGCUAAGAAGCACUGAAAUUGUUGCUUAUGGGAUACUCCAUGGGAUGUCUAACAGGAAUUUAAUCUUCCAAGAAUGGAGCAGCUAGCAGCUUCUAUAGAUCUACUUGAACUAGGUGAUGCAUUCUGCUGGUUGUUUAUGUAUCCCUUCUAAUGCUUUAGGUUCAGUUAACACUGCAAACAAAUUGAUGCAAGCUAGGCUUUAUGUGUGCUAGCUUAUGAAUGGAUGUUGUUUCCUGACUUGUGAUGGUAUCCGUUGAAGUUGAAAUGUUCUUUCCCCAUGUUCGCAGAAUUAUAAUUAACUUAUAUGACUGGA